AGAGAAAGAGGAGGGCGUGUCAUGGAUUUGUUCUUCCAAGAGGAGCUUCAAAACGACCUCUUCUGGCACGAUCCGUCGGUGCUGCCGCCGCCGUUGGCGAGCUGGAGCGCCUUUUCGCCGUAUGCAAAGUCGCCCGCCGGCCUACACCGGCCGCCGAUUCAAGACCGCGGCUUUAAGCCGAGCCCGGGGAACAAUAUGAACAAGCGGAUGGUGGAGUUCCUGAGGAGGAGCUGGGCCGAACCGAGCCGGACCCAAGAAUUCGAACGCGAACGGAGUACGCGGCACAUGAUGAAUGAGAGGAUGAGGAGGGAGAGGCAGAAGCAUAGCUACUCGGCAUUGCACGCCGUAUUGCCUCUUGGCACCAAGAACGAUAAGAACUCCAUCGUCCAAACAGCUUACAUGAGAAUCAAGGAGCUGGCGAAAUACAAUCAGGAGCUGGAGAGACAAAACCGGGAGUUGGAGUCUGGUCUGAAUGAGAGGAGAGGGGACAAAGCUGGAGGGACCAAAAUUAGAGUCAAGGUUGCAAACCCAACGUCUGGGGUCGAUUCCAUGCUGGAGGUCCUCAGGUGCUUGAACAACAUGGGGCUGGAAGCUACGACGAUUCAGAUGCAGUGCUCGGCCGACCAACUUUUCGCCGUGAUCGAGGUUCAAAAUGAGAUUGAAGCAGCAAACGUUGAACAGGUCAUCCAGUGGACACUGCUCGAAGCCGAGAGGAAACUUCUUUACAAUAAUUACGAGGGCAAGAUGGACUGAAGCCAACAACAUAGGGACAUUGACCCCCAAGUUUCUCCCACGUCAGAUCGAGACUUUGACCUUACAUUCUUGUAAAUAUGACG